ACUCUUGGAUAAUAAUAUUAUAAUAAUUACAUAACAUUUUUCAAAUUAACUCUUUAAUAAUCAUGGAACAAUUCGAAUUAAAAACUGACAGAAAGCCAAAAUUGUCAGAUAACAUUUUAGAGCUUAAGUUUAUGCAAAGGCAACAAGAAAGAGCUUUACGUGAGAAAUUAGAAAGAGAACGAUCUAAAGCCCUUGGUGAAGCUCAAUGGGUUGCUUUUUACGAUGAGCUUGACGUUGGAAAACCUAAGUUCAAUGUGGAGUAUUUACCAAGUUAUCUAUCUUUUACGAAAUCUGAAGUAAAAAAUGGACGUUUGUCUUUUGGACGUUUCAAAUCAGGUUAUCGGAAAGCACCGACUGUAAAAAUAAUAGAUGAACAAAACGAAACAUUAUCAAAUUCUACUAAAUACACGCGUAGUAACAACAUACAGGUUAGAAAGCGAAAAUAUGAAAAUAUUCAAAGUAUAACUUUGGACAAAAACUCGAGGAAAAAAGACGAACUAGAAUUAGACGAAGUUGAUAGUAACUACGAGUUAGAAGAGGGAGAAAUUCCACAAAAGAUUGCGAAAGUUAAAAAUGAAAUUAAUAGAAAAUUUCUGAAACCACCAGAGUAAUUUAUAUUAGAAACUAAGUCUUAUGUCAGUUCGAGAAAUUCAUAAACCAUUCCACGAGUUUAUCUAUAUAAAUGAAAAAGAAUAUUAAAAUUAGAAAAGAAAAUAGUAUAACACUUAUAAUUAAUGAUAAUAUGUUAGGAAUUAAUUUAAUAAAAUACCUCAAAUGAUUGAAACUAUCGGU